UCAGUUACAUCUGAAAUUACUUUUGGACAAGUGAAAUUUGUGUAGAACCAGUUAUACGUUGGUUGAUGACGUAGGAAAGUUUAAAUGACAUCUAUCGAAGUCUGUCUGAAAGAAGAAAUGGUCUUGUCUUGUAAGAUCUUUGUCUGCUGAGUUCGAUUAGUGUUUUGGUCUGCUCAGUUCAAGAUGAUUGAAGACUUAUAUAUCGUCACUUUCCUAUUUAUUAUCGGUUGUGAUUAUACAUUUUUGGUUGAUGCUAGGUGGUUAGUGGAAUGUGAAAGCAGGUCUGAGUGCGUGUCAUAUUAAUUGAUGACUCCAUUUUCAUUUCAUAUUUGGAAUUUCUAUGUGAUGCUCAAAAGUUGGACCUUAUGAUCUGUAGUAUGGCUGUAGGAGAUAUAUAAGUUCUUUAAAGGACAAAAUUGAGCAAAUCUGCCAUUGCUGAUGAGGGCAGAGGGAUAACAUGACAUUUCAAAGAUGACAUGCUCGGCUUACUUUAUGUAUUUGACACUGAUUUUAUGAUUUUCUGAUCACUAUAUUGGCUAGUGCUGAAAAUUUAUUCCCUUAAGUUAGUCCAUCUGUGCUUCCCUGAUACUAGUGUUAAUGUAUUGUUUGUUUUAAAAUCAUAUAUCAUAUUCCACUCCUGGUAGAGGAGAAACAUUAUAGUGUUAAUGUAUUGUGUGUAAUGCUGUGAUUUCAUGUAAAGACGUUUUUGGUUUUAUAACUUUUAAAUGCAGUUGUGUCAAAGCAAAGUGUUUGACAUCAGUUUUGUGUCAUCAUCAGUAUUUUUUCAUGCUGAAACUUUUCUGGAACCUCUAUUCUAUUGAGAUAAUUUGAUAAUUGACGCUGGUUGCUAGAGAGAGUUAGUGAGUAUGUAUUUGUUCAGGCUUCUAGCAUGAGAAUGUUUAUGCCAAUGUGUAUUCGUGUGUGCAUGUGCACCAUGUACAUGUGAAGUUUUGGAGCCUUUUUGGCAAAAGGGUUCUGGCUUCUGAACCAUUAAUAUACCUGCAUGCAUUUAUAUUCACGAUCUGAAUUUAUGAGUCAUGAACUGAGUCAUGAACUUCUUUGGCAAUUUAUGCUUUUAGAUGGAAAAAAGAUCUUGCAUGGACGGGGCUUGUUUCUUACCGCCAGGAAAUAUUUUGAUAUAUUCUGAUGGAAUGAGCAAUUGCAUGUCAAACUUGACAGCCCUUUAGGUUGGCAAAGUUGUAUUUGAUUGAAAUAAUUGUAGUUAGCUAGAAAUUUGUAAUCAAAUUAAAACUGUGGGGAGAAGUAAAUUAUUUGUCCUAUUGGAUAUGGUAAGUAUUCAGUGCUUUCCUUUGUGGACGAUAUAUGCAUAAAACUACCCUGUAAGAAUAAGGCCUCAGCUGAGGUAAUAUUUGGUUCAAAUAAUUUCCAGUUGUGUAAGUAACAUCCCAAUUAAUAUUUGAUCAAAAUGGACAAACUCUUUUUAAUGUAAGAUAAGCAAGCUUUCAAGCUAAGAUCUUUGAAAAGUAACAUGGCACAGUUAGAUGGAUGACAAGCUUCACGAAGCUCUUGAGGAAAAUUUUUUUGGGCUGUGGGUUGCUUGCCCUGUGCCCCUAAAUGAACGUUCUUAUUAUAGUUGCUUAUUUAUUUGUUUAGAUGCUAUAAUUUUUUUUUCUUGUUUUCUAUUGGUCAUAGGGUAAAGCUUAAAUUUCAAAUUGUCAGGUGGCUAACCCAGAUUUGUCCCUCCCCAGGCUGAUUUGAAAAUAAUAAAAAAAAAAAUCUAAAUGUUUAAUAAUAUAAUAGGACUGAGAGACCUUGUUGGUGAAUAAUGUCCAUAUUUUGUGGUUUAGGAGGAUACAAAGGAGGUGGUAGUUAUGAACUUUCAAUAUGGUAUGAUUAUUCUGUUCCCAUCCAUGGUGAAAUAACAGCAGUGAGGUUCAAGUACUGUUCUAAUUUAGAAAUGUUUUGUCUAUUAUCUGCAUAGCUUGAACUGUCCAAGGAAAAUGAGCUGCAAAUUCCAAUCUUAAUUAUGGUGAAAAAGAUCACAAUUACUAUUGUUAUUGUCAUCACUUGGGGCAUUGAGAUGGAUGUGCGGCAUACAUGAAAAGAUAAAAUCCAAAAUGAGUAUAUACAAGAAAAAGUAAGUGUGGUAUCUAUUGAGGAAAAAAUGGUAGAAAAUCAUUUAAAAUGUGUUGGACAUGUACAGAGAAGACCAUGGGAAGCACCGAUGAAGAGAGUAAAAUGGAUAAUCUUGAGCCUUGUAAAGAGGGGUGGAGGAAAACCAAAGAAAACACUUAUGAAAGUUGUUAGAUGAGACUUUCUAGUUAACAAUAUUCCUAAAAGCUUAGUUAAUGAUACAGCACAAUGACAUAAUGCAAUUUAUGUAGCUGACUCCACUUAAUGCGAUAAAGCUUCUUGUUAUUGUAAUGUUCUUGACUUGAUAGUUGAUGCUAUCUUCAUGCUUGCACCCAAUUGAUUUUGCAUGAACAAGAGCGAGAAUUUUGAAAACUAAGACCUCUAACCAUCUGAUUGUAUGUUUUUUUUUUUGAGUUUUUUUUUAAUCUGUCUAGUGACUGUAAGUAGGUAUGAGCCAAUAUUGAUUUUUGGAUAUCCUGUAGUGUCACUUCUGAUUUUUUUCGUUUCUAUUUGGGCUACUCAUGAUCAUUUUUGUCCUUUGUUCAGAUUUCCUUGCCUUGCUCUCACUUUUGGUACUUUUGGAUGAACUUCUCAUAAUCUAUUUUUGUAAAUACUGUUAGGUUUUCCUACAAUUUUGUUGUUAACUUAUCUCACUUCCAGUCAUAUUUCAAAUGGACCUUUAUUUUACCUCCAUAAAGAAUCUGUCAUAAUUAAUUAUGCUUUGAUCCUAUUAUGUGUCAAAACCAUCUCCCAUGUAAGAAGUGGCAGUAUGUGAUCAGAAUCCUACCGAAGUUUGCAAGUAUCCUUAAUAAAAUGAAUACGUUGCCUUGAUGACCCGAUUAGAAUUUAUUUACAUAGUGCUCUUUUGAAGAUUCUUGCAUUUUGUUUUGGAGAAAUAAGUGCAUGUCUCCAUUGAGUCUGAUGUUACUUGUUUGUAUAGAUAAAAUUUGAUAUUUACCUCUAGUGACAUGUUCCUCUCUGAGCUUACAUAUCGUGUAAAAUGUUUAAUUGCCAAGUUCAUUGUAGUUUGUAAUUGAAGAUUGUCUAGAUUGGAUUAGAAGUUCAAUAACCAACUGGGGAAAUGCAAGCCAACUGAUAAAUUCAGGUUGAUGUAUGCUGAUAUCUUUCUAUAAAUGCUUAAUAGUAAAUGACUCGGGAAUAAAAAAGUAAGUAAUCAAGAGAAGCAUGCCUUGGGGGAUGGCAAAGUCUUAGCAUGGACACAAUGUGUGGAUAAAAAAUGCGGUGGAUGGCGAAUGGAAAAACUCCAUCAUGGAAAAGCAAAGAGAAAAGAAGCAUAAAAAAGAGAAGAGGGAAAGUAAGGAAAGAAGAGAGAAAGAAGGAAAGGAUGGAAAGCAUAAAGAUAAGAAAGAUAAAAAAGAAAAACACAGGGAUAAAAAGAAAGACAGAGACAAGGAAAAGGAUGAGGAUAAAAAUAAAAAAAAUACCGCUGAUGAGAAUGGAUUCCCAGGACAAACAGAAGGUCCCGAUUCAGGUAAACUCAUUCAAAAGGAAAUUAAGCAAAAGGAUAGGAAGGGUAUCUUGUUGGAGGAGAAACUUCCCAAACACUUUGCUGGUAACAAUGGAGAGAAGGCUAGAGAGAAAAAUAAUCACCUGGCAGAGGAGAAUAAAGAUUCAAAAUUCCUUCAGGAGUUGGGGAGGAGGAUUAAGGAGGAUGAUGGUGGAGCCGUCAACCAGUCAGGUCAGGAGUUGGGCAGGAGAAUCAAGGAGGAGGAUGGAAGGGCUGGUAAUCAGUUGGUUCAGAAGUAUACCUUUGCAAGCCAAAAGAAGGAUGAGGGGACUACUAGGCCAGUGGCUGAGGAUAGUGGUUCCUGGCUUGAUGGCAAGGAAAAGAUCAAGGAUAAGAGUAUUGAUGUCAAGAAGAUCGAUGGGCAAGGGGUCCGGGCUGAGGCCCGACCAAUUGAAAAUGCAACAGACCAGAAUCAUGCUGGAAAUUUUCAUUCCAGAGUUGGUGGAACGCCCAGAUAUUUGGAGAAGAACUUCAACAGAGCAGUGGAAGCUACUGUGGAAACAAGAGAGACAAGUAAGGAAAAGAAAGACAAUAAAUCAGGAGACAAAAGGAAAGAUAGGGAGAAGGAGAAAAAGGGGCAUGGGAAGGACAAAGACAGGGAUAAAGAGAAAAAAAAGGAAGAGAAAGUGAAGGAGCAAACUGAACAGAAGAACACAGAGCAAAAUAAGUUUAAAAUGAGCACCAAAGGUGGCCCCAUGAGUAUAAAUUCUUUCCCACAGAUUACCAAGAACAGCCACGACAAUGCUGUUAGUGGGGAAAACCUCAAGAAACGAAAGGACACAGAAUCAAAUGGAAUCCUUCACGCCAGUGAUAAUUGGUCGGGUAAGGUUCCUAGGCCAUCCUCUUCCCCUCAUCCAUUCACUGAGAAUGGAAGGACAGUGAAACCUUGUCAAAGUUCCAUCCCACAUGCCUCCGAUGGUCUAGUAGCAGCUACCAAUUUUAAGGUCGAAAACAAGAAACACAAGAAAAAUGGCAUCAUUGGAGCUCAGCCAUUUGCAGAUUUCCGAAACAAGCCUAUCAGUGCUACUGUGCCAGCUGAUCCUGUAAUUGAAGAAACUUCUACAAAACCGCCCCAUCCAGAUUCAAAGUACCUAAGCCGGGUAUAUUCAGUACCGAAAAUGGAUGAGCAGCCUGAUUUUGAUGAUCAAGAUUGGCUGUUUGGCAGCCACAGUCUACAAGAGAAAAAGCCAAUGUCAGAGUCUUCAAAGGUCGGGGGAACAGCUCAGGUAUGGGCAGAAGCUCUGCAUAUAGAGCCCGAUGUUUAUGCUCUGCCAUAUGUCGUUCCAUACUGAUUAAUUUUUGAGGUGCAAGUGGUACGACAAUUAUAUCUGCAAAAGGAGUCCUCCAUUAGCUUAACCGACAUGGCAGAACAGCAGCAUCUGUGUCUAGAAAUGGAUUCGGAGAUUCUCGAUGCAUUCUUUUGUUACUUCACUCUGGCAGCAAGUAAUGAUUGAUUUGUGUGCUUUGUGGUCUUAAAUCUGUUUGGAUGGAAACUUUUGACAUGGUCUUGAUCUUAUACUGAAUCCAAAGGGACUUCUGUCAUGAAUGGUUGCUUGCCCUGGCGCACUGCCUGCAGGCCAAGAUCUGUGAGUGCCGCUUGCUUCACACAUCGUAGUACAGAAAUGACUUAACAAAGGCAGCUGCAGGUUGCAGAGAGGGGAGGCUUGAGACCUUGUGCUGCUUUGUUUUCUAUUUUUGGUUGGAACUGAGAAGCUCUUUCUAAUAGAAAUUGAGAAUGUAAGAAACAUGCUAGAUGUGGCCUCUGCAACACCACCGCAAUUUUGAUUUGUAACAUAGAACCCCUAUCUACAAAAAUAUGUACGAGAGAAAGAAAAGUAGUAGUCUCAUUCUUUUUUCAGUUUCCUGUAAAUUCUGUUAGUUCCCAUCAUUUUGCUUGAAUCCAUUUUGUUAAAUAAGUGAGGUUGAAAAAAGAGAAA